UCGUGGGGGUGGAUCCUGCCCUUGUCUCGCUUGCCCUUUUAGUGGCACGCCGCUUGGUGGACCUGAAUGAAGGUGUAGGUUGCCGGUUGAAAGUGUGUUUUUUAACAUCUCUUAAAUACGUGCAGAUUUAAGCAACAUGUUUGCAGCUCGGUCUCUUGUUCGUCGCGCAUUUCCAGUUCUGCGUCAAACACGGUGGUACGCCGACCCGCCGUCUGCAACGUCCCAGAUGUCCUUCACGUUUGCCUCGCCGACCGAGGUGUUCUAUAAGGAGGCAAACGUGAAGCAGAUCGACGUGCCCACGCUGACCGGCGCCUUCGGGAUCCUUCCUGCUCACGUGCCCACGCUGCAGGUCCUGCGGCCUGGUGUGGUCACUGUCUUCAAUGAAGAUGGUUCUUCUGCAAAGUAUUUCGUGAGCAGCGGUUCUGUCACAGUCAAUGCGGACUCAUCCGUGCAACUACUGGCCGAAGAAGCCGUAACCCUCGACAGCCUGGACCUGGCGACGGCCAAAGCGAACCUUGAGAGGGCCCAGGUUGACCUCGGGACAGCCACGGACGAGGUGUCCAGGGCGGAGGUACAAAUCAGCAUAGAGGCCAACGAGGCCAUCGUCAAGGCCCUGGAGUAGUGCCUCCGUAAGUGCCUCUGUUGGUACCUCCAGGUACUCUGUUAUACUGGCGUGAAGGAGUGACUGAAAACCGUCUGUCUCCAUCCCUGCAGAUUCAAUUCUUUAAGCGCAAGACACCUGUGCUUUGUACAGUGGAUGAAAUUACCAAUAAAUUUAUUUGGAAUAACA